ACGCUCCUACUACUGAGGUCUUCGAAGCGGUCGCAAUUUUGGUAUUGUGAUGUAAUGUAGUUACUGAAGGUCACGUAUUUUACGAUAUACAGUUGAUUGUAACCAGUCAUUAUGAAUGAGCAUUCCGAUCAUACUUUCCCACGUGCCCACAGCAUAACUCUGGAAUUUUCUAGUCGGCUACGAGCUUUGGCGGUUUCUAGACGUACCUAUCUGGCACCUUCCAAUCGCACGUUCUGGCAGGGCGGCGCCGACGGACCAAUCACAGCGCUCCGUACAGUGCAAGUAGCUGUCUGCCGUGCGCCGAUUGGUCUGCUGUCGUCAUGGUGACGGUCAAUGAGCUGUCUGCUUCCCGAGUUUUCCGAGGUGUUAUUUAGCUGGGCGGCGAGUUCGCAGGUCAGAAUUUGAAGUUUGGCGACUGGUGCGCGGAGUUCGCGAAGAGCGUCUGAAACUGUGGAUAUCGCAUAAGGUAACAGAAUGGCGAAAGCUCCAGCGAUUGGAAUUGAUCUCGGGACCACCUACUCCUGUGUGGGAGUAUUCCAGCAUGGCAAGGUGGAAAUCAUUGCCAAUGACCAGGGCAACCGGACCACACCCAGCUACGUGGCCUUCACCGACACGGAGCGUCUGAUCGGAGACGCCGCCAAGAACCAGGUGGCCAUGAACCCCAGCAACACGGUGUUCGAUGCCAAGCGAUUGAUCGGCCGGCGAUUCGACGACACUGCCGUGCAGUCCGACAUGAAGCACUGGCCCUUCAAGGUCAUCAGCGACAGCGGCAAGCCCAAGAUCCGCGUCGAGUACAAGAACGAGGACAAGACGUUCGCUCCUGAGGAGAUCAGCUCGAUGGUGCUAACCAAGAUGAAGGAGACGGCCGAGGCGUACCUUGGCAAGACCGUCACCGAUGCUGUCAUCACCGUGCCUGCAUAUUUCAACGACUCGCAGCGUCAGGCGACCAAGGACGCCGGCGCGAUCGCCGGUCUGAACGUGCUGCGUAUCAUCAACGAGCCCACCGCGGCGGCCAUCGCCUACGGCCUCGACAAGAAGGUCGGCGGCGAGCGCAACGUGCUCAUCUUCGACCUGGGCGGCGGCACCUUCGAUGUGUCGAUUCUUACCAUCGAGGACGGCAUCUUCGAGGUGAAGUCGACCGCCGGAGACACCCAUCUCGGCGGCGAGGACUUCGACAACCGCAUGGUCAACUUCUUCGUCCAGGAGUUCAAGCGCAAGCACAAGAAGGAUCUCUCGACCAACAAGCGCGCGCUGCGUCGUCUUCGGACGGCCUGCGAGCGGGCGAAGCGAACUCUAUCGUCGUCAUCCCAGGCUUCGAUCGAGAUCGACUCGCUGAUGGAAGGCAUCGACUUCUACACGUCCAUCACCCGCGCCCGGUUCGAGGAGAUGAACGCCGACCUGUUCCGCGGCACCCUCGAGCCCGUCGAGAAGUCUCUGCGGGAUGCCAAGAUGGACAAGGGCUCCGUCCACGACAUCGUCCUGGUCGGCGGCUCAACGCGCAUUCCUAAGAUCCAGAAACUCCUGCAGGAUUUCUUCAAUGGGAAGGAGCUCAACAAGUCCAUCAACCCCGACGAGGCCGUGGCGUACGGUGCUGCCGUACAGGCUGCCAUCCUGCACGGCGACAAGUCUGAGGAGGUGCAGGACCUGCUGCUUCUGGACGUGACGCCCCUCUCGCUCGGUAUCGAGACGGCCGGAGGCGUGAUGACCGCCCUCAUCAAGCGGAACACCACCAUCCCGACCAAGCAGACGCAGACUUUCACCACGUACUCGGAUAACCAGCCGGGUGUGCUGAUCCAGGUCUACGAGGGUGAACGAGCCAUGACCAAGGAUAACAACCUGCUGGGCAAGUUCGAACUGACCGGCAUCCCACCGGCGCCGCGCGGCGUGCCGCAGAUCGAAGUCACCUUCGACAUCGACGCCAACGGCAUCAUGAACGUCAGCGCGGCCGACAAGUCGACCGGCAAGGCCAGCAACAUCACCAUCACUAACGACAAGGGUCGCCUCACCAAGGAGGAGAUCGAGCGCAUGGUCAACGAGGCCGAGCAGUUCAAGCAGGAGGAUGAGGCCCAGCGCGAGAAGAUCUCCGCCAAGAACGCCCUCGAGUCGUACUGCUUCAACAUGAAGUCGACCGUCGAGGAUGACAAGGUCAAAGACAAGAUAUCCGAGUCCGACAAGACGACCAUCAUCGAUAAGUGCAAUGACACCAUCAAGUGGUUGGACGGCAACCAGCUGGCGGAGAAGGACGAGUUCGAGCAUAAGCAGAAGGAGUUGGAGCAGAUCUGCAACCCGAUCAUCAGCAAGCUGUACCAGGGCGCGGGCGGCGGCGCUCCCGGUGGUAUGCCCGGUGGUAUGCCGGGAGGCAUGCCCGGCGGUGACGCCCCUAAGGGAGGCGCCGGCGGCCCGACCAUCGAGGAGGUCGACUAAACCGACUGAUAGCCGGGUGAUGAGGGUUCUGCUCACUGUCCGUUGCCGUCAAUAUGCGGCCUGCGCUUUCCAAUUUAUCGUUCAUUGUGUAUCGCUCGUCAUUGCUUCGGCCAGUGGCCUCAUUGUGGUAGAUGCUUGUCCCAGAAGUGAUAUAUUGUUUCGCAUGUAUUGAAAUCUGAGGUGAAAUACAGAGUUGUAACUUA